UCUCCUGGAAACCAUCCCAGAACCUCCACCUGCUGACACCAUGGUCAACUCCUGUUGUGGUUCCAGCUGCUGUGGCUCCAGCUGCUGCCAGCCUUGCUGCCGCCCCACAUGCUGCCAGACCACCUGCUGCAGGACCACCUGCUGCCGCCCCUCCUGCUGUGGCUCCAGCUGCUGUGGCUCUAAUUGCUGUGGCUCCAGCUGCUGCAGGCCCAGCUGCUGCAUCUCUAGCUGCUGCCGCCCCUCCUGCUACCAGACCACCUGCUGCAGAACCACCUGCUGCCGCCCCAGCUGCUGCAUCUCUAGCUGCUGCCGGCCCUGCUGUGGGGGUUCCAGCUGCUGUGGCUCCAGCUGCUGCCAGCCUUGCUGCCGCCCCAUCUGCUGCAGGACCACCUGCUGCAGGACCACCUGCUGCCGCCCCACCUGCUGUGUGUCCAGCUGCUGCCGCCCCUGCUGUGGGGGUUCCAGCUGCUGUGGCUCUAAUUGCUGUGGCUCCAGCUGCUGCCAGCCUUGCUGCCGCCCCACCUGCUGCCAGACCACCUGCUGCCGGACCACCUGCUGCCGCCCCACCUGCUGUGUGUCCAGCUGCUGCCGCCCCAGCUGUUGCUAGACCCCCUGCCACCACCCACCAACCUGCUCUAGUGGCUCUUGCUGCUGCUGAGUGCCCUGACCUGCACCCUGCUGUUUUCAUCAGCCAAUCUCCUUCAUGUCGUCCAACUGGGAGCUGAAUCAUGUGAGGCCAACUGUAAAACCUCAGUUCCCAGUGAUUUUUCAACUGGUUGGCCUUGGAAUAUACCACCCCACCGCCCAAUUCCCUCCCACCUCUUUCUUAUGAUGUCCAUCCCAAGUCAGUACAAAGGUUGUAUUUUCCCUGAUAUACGAUAACAUAUCAUCCCAACUGAUGUAUCUGUUACUGCCAGAUGUUCUGUAUGGAGAUGUUUCUAUAUAGCAAAUAAAUCUUAACUUCCCAGGCAUUAAAUAU